AAUUGAAUAGGACACUCGUGUCCAGAGCGGUUAAAGCCGGAUAGCCAGCAGGUAGCAUUCAGUAUAAAUAUUCACUGUCGCAUCUCUGAACGGCGUAGUUGACUUUGGGAGAAAACGGGAUACGCAACUUCCGUGUUGGAGAAGCGGUCAGAAGCUGGGGCAGUCGCAGUAUAUUAGUCUCCAGAAGGCUGUCAGAAUUCUUCACAACCUGCAGAUGGUGUACAGCGCCUACACGAAAAACGUGUCGCUCGGUGGUGUUGGAGCUAGGAGUUCAUUAGACGUGCUGCGAGUUGGAGCAGCUCGGUCGUAUACCAAUGAUACGCAGUCCAGCGUUUAUACGUGAAGAGGACGACGAGGGGGACCUGGAGAGAACGAUAGAAUCGAGUAUUGUUAGCACUGUUGCUGAUAGUCCCACCUUGACAAACAUUAGCAGCAGCAACACACUUGGUCGCAAAAUGGUCGCCGGUAUCCCUCAGUCGCAAUCCUGGCACUCGCUGUCCUCAUUCUCUCUGUCCAAGUCCAGAAAGCAAUCAACGCCAGGAGCGGGGCAGACGGCUGACCCGCAUCGACAGACACCAACCGUGCCGUCCAGUGCCAGUAGUAGCCGGAGUGAUAGCGGCAAGUCGUCUGGAUACGCCAGCUCCACGCAGUGCCAGCAGCACCUGACAGUUCGGCCACGCUCCAACACAGCCUCGCCGACCACCGGUACUGGAGCGUGUCGACGCUGUGGAGCCGUACUGUGUCGGUGGCGGAAAACACAUCACAACGUGGUCGUAUGCGGUGCAGGCGGAGUGGGAAAAUCAGCUCUGCUAGUACAGUAUCUAACGCACAGGUUCAUCUACGAUUAUGAUCCCACACUUGAGGAGAGCUAUCAUUCGUUCCUUGCACUGGAUGGCUGUUGUGCUGAACUGGACAUUACAGAGCUAGCUGGACAGAACUUGACCGAGUCGUGUGGGCUGUUCCGCUCCAAGGUGCUGGGUGCAGAUGGGUUCAUAGUGGUGUAUGACAUCACGGAUCCGUCGACGCUGGUCGAGGCCGAACGCACCAUCGAUCACAUACAGCGAGAGCUUCUGACCAUACCGUCGGCUUCCAACAGCAACCGGUCGUCAAUGUCGGAGUGCGUCGCGCAAUCGCCACACGAGGAACCUUCUCACGCGGACCGCGACGCGGAAGCCGUGCCCGCGGCUCAGCCACCGCCGCACAUAUCGCUCUCGCCGGCCACGUCGGAACACUCCGAUAGCAGCACACCCACCGUUCCCGGUGUGUCGCCUGAGAGCACGGUAACUGCGUCGGGCGUUGCGUCACCGCUACUCACGAGCCCAAGCCAAGCCAACAGUAUACCACUGGUACACAUUGACAAGUCGAAUGCAAGGUCACGCGACAGCCUGGACGCAUGGAGUGCGCGCGACUUCCCGCCCAUCAUCCUGAUCGGCAACAAGUGUGACUUGGAGAGCGAGCGCAAAGUGCCGACACGCGACGCACGCCAGGUCAGCCUGGAGACGCGCUGCUACUUCGACGAGGUGUCGGCACGGUCCGGGCACGAGGGCGUGGACCGCGUCAUGGCCAUGCUGGUGCAGAUCAUGCGCAGCCCCAGUCUGUUUAAGGACGGCGCGUUGACACCGAGUAACUCCGGCAGCCGCUCCGGCACACCCAAUAAAAUGCCGACGUCGCCAAUGACCAGUGGCAGUGCCAUUCUCGGCGGCGGCGCAAUCGCCCCCGGCAACGCAAUGGAGGGGCCGAGCGGCAUGUCGGCACUCGCAGCUCGCGGCUCCGUUCUCACGCUAGGCCGCUCGGCCAUGACAAGGAAAGUGCAGGAGAAGCGACGACGAUCGCAGUCCGACAUCUACGCCAUCAAGCACUCCGGCAGUUGGGUGGCGGAGGCCAGCGAUUUCCGCAGCAAGACACUCUCGCCGGAAAGCACACGACCAAGCCGUCAUCAGUGGUGGCUGCGUGCCAGCUUGCGAACUCAACUCGUCCGCUUCCAAACCAAGAUCAAAUCCACCAAGUCAAAAAAGUGAACUCUUUGACCAGCUCUACUCCAACCAAUGUCUUACACAAUCAUAUCUAUCAGCUAUGCAGGUCUUGUCUUUGUGAAGCUUCAAAACCCUAUAACAAUCUAGAAUGAAGGCGAGAAUCCUACUUUCAAAGUGAAUUUUUUUUAAAGGAGCACUACGUUCAUAGAGAUUUUGUGACACCUGAACCACUUUGCGGAGAAUCCUGUAACGAUAGGGCAUUGCACAUUACGCAUACACGUACACUGUUCUACAUUCUGCCAUCUACCACACAAUACGUAUUGUAGCACUCAACAUGUUUUUUACGUCAGACUGUGUGGAGAGGUGUUACUUCAAUUGUUGAUGAAAGUGAAAAUCGACGUUCAUUGUGAUAUCGAAACCCUGCUUUUUGACAAAUCUUUGUACACACAAUUUCCCCUUGAGCAGUGACAUUCUGCUAAUAUAUCCUUUUGUUGAUACCCUAUUGUCUAAAGCAUAAUCGGUGACACACACACACACACACACACACACGCACACACACGCACACACACACACACCAUGCUAUUGCCAUUGCACUUGAAUUGCGGAGUACUAAUAUAUUAGCCUUCCACCACCUUCUUAGUGGUAUGCCCAUGAAUGAAAUUUCACGCUCUAUUUACUUCAUUCCAAUGUAGUCCACUACUGAGAACAGUGGGUUGAAAAGUUGAAAACCGUUUGGAAAAUGUUUUGACAGCUGACUGAGCACUAGUAAGAAACUAGCAGCUUUACUGCUCUGUACAUGCGUGAAAGAACUCCACUGACUGUCACGAGCCCAUCCUCCUGGCACAGACAAAAGACAAUACUC